AUGCCGAGUUGGAAUGCUGCGAUCCUGUCACAAGCUGAUCUACCAGUGGACUUAACUGGUUCGAGGUUAGCAAUGCAUAAUUCUAGCAUGAAAAAACCUCUGGAAGUGGUGCUCAGCCACCAGGGUUAUGAUGGUUCAGCUGCAGACGUCUGGUCAUGUGGGGUCAUCCUCUAUGUUCUAAUUGCUGGAUACCUUCCAUUUGAGGAGACUGACCUUCCAACUUUAUACAGAAAGAUUAAUGCAGCAGAGUUUGCUUGCCCACCAUGGUUCUCACCUGGGGUGAAGUCGUUGAUCAAUAGAAUUCUAGACCCCAAUCCUAAAACUCGUAUUCGAAUAGUAGAGAUAAAAAAUGAUCCAUGGUUCAGGAAAAACUAUCUGGCUGUCAAACAUGUGGAAGAUGAAACAGUAAAUCUGGAUGAUGUUCGUGCAGUUUUUGAUGACAUUGAGGGCAAAUUUGUUUCUGAGCAGUCAGGAGGCAAUGAGAAGGGUCCUUUGAUGAUGAAUGCAUUUGAGAUGAUUACCCUUUCCCAGGGAUUAAAUCUAUCAGCAUUGUUUGACAGACGCCAGGACUAUGUAAAACGACAAACUCGUUUUGUCUCUCGUAAACCAGCAAAAGACAUUAUAUCAAGUAUUGAAGCAGUCGGAAUAUCCAUGGGUUUCAAGGUCCAUGCACGUAACUACAAGGUGAGAUUUGAAGGAAUAUCUGCAAAUAAAGCAGGACAGUUUGCUGUUGCCCUCGAGGUUUACGAAGUUGCUACUGCCCUUUUCAUGGUUGACGUUCGAAAAGCUGCCGGUGAUACGUUUGAAUAUCACAAGUUCUACAAGAACUUCUGUAGCAAACUCGAACAUAUUAUUUGGAGACCGGCGGAGGGUGCUGCAAAUUCCAGUCUAUUAAGAAGAAAUUUGACUUGCUGAUCCAGAUUUUUGGAGGUGAUGCAAAUCAGUAAGCAGACCGGGGUUGAUUGAACAUAAAUGUUUGUUCACUACUGGAUAGGGUCUUGACUAUCCUUUAAUCCUCUAUAUAGUCUAUAUUUGUUGUAUGGCUUGUAGAUCUGUGUUUUGUAUUUAGGUCUUAGCUUAACUCCUUGGCUGAAAUAAUUAUAUUGACUUAUUAAAUGUUAUAUAAGAAAUAUUUGCUCCUAAUACU